GCAGACAGGCCACAAUCACCAGCUGCCCCAGCUCAGUGGCAGUGAUAAAAUUUCCAAUUUUCAACAAAAGCACGUGACUUUCUAUAAUUAGUAAUUCUAUUAUCCAGGCUUACCGUAUAUUAUAUUAAUAAUCAGUAGUAAAAGGAAGUAACCGAGUAACGUGACUAUCACCUUUCUUAAGUAUAGAAAGAAGGCGCAACUGAUCGUAAGUGAUAGUAAAAUGAUCGUAAUUAAUCGUAACGGACUUAUGUAUGUAUACGAAAAUUGCGCUGCGCACUUAAGCUAAAUCCGUAGUGACUCACUAAGUACCUGUAGUAUUACCAUUAGAACAAUCACCAAUGAGUCCCGUGAUAGCAGACCAGGUAGGUCAAGUAGAUCAAGUAGAGGGACAGAGUAGUGAACCAUCCACACCCAAAUCAGCAUCGGCAUUAACUCCGCUACGGCUUUCUGUACCUGCUUUUGAGCAAGCUCCUAAGAGAGUAGGAGAUGAACAUGGACAAGAACAUGAACAUGUCACAGUGAAAGUGCCUCGAAUAAAUACUCCUCCAACAAAUAAGAAUAUAUCUACAGUGCCGAGAAGACCGAAGAAGGAUGGGUUUGAAUUGGAUCUCAGUUUAAUUGAGAAUGAGAAUGAGAAUGAACUGGUGAAGAGCUCGAAGGAGGAUCCUAGCGAGAAAGAAGGCUCGAGUAAGAAUCAGAACCAUGAAGAAGUCAAAGAACAAGUAAAUCAACAAGUACGCAGUUCAAGUUCCAGGCCAGAAAAGGCACAACUUAAGAAAGUAGGCGAAUUGGCCUCUCUCUUCCAAGAUACCAGAAAGCUGCUUCAGCAGGACUGUAAUGUAGCAGAUACCAUUAAACACAAAGAAGUUAUGGAUCCUACCCGAGAUCAUAAGAUUCAUGUCUCUAAGAUAUCACAAGCUAGAGCUGAAAAGGUUCGGUCUAUGAUUGGAGUGAAAUACUUUCAAAUGCAACGAUUGUAUGAAUUAUCAUUAGCUCAAAGAGAUAAUAAUACUCAUCCAGGAGUAGAAGGAGUAUACAAUCCACUACAAAUCAUUAGAAAUAGAGAAUUACGAGCAAAAUAUCAUGAAUAUCCUAAAAAUCUAACCAUGAAAUCAGUACCGUUGGCAUGUAAUGUGUUUAGUAAAUAUAAUCGAGAUCCUAGUCAUCCUUAUAAAAUGGUAUGGUCUAUUGAACUUAAAGAGGUAUUAGGGGAUGUGAAUUUUCGUGCUAAUCAUUGGCAUGAACUUCGGAAUCCAAAGGGUCAACUUUGGUUUCCCCAAUCCAAAUCAUCUUCAUCAUCUACUGUGACUAGUAAUGAAGAGAGUAAGACUUCUGAUUUAAGACAAAGAAUCCAUGAUAAGCUUUUCAAUUCAGAAGAGUCCAUCCCCUGGCAUAAGUCUAAAUCUAGGAGAACUUCAAGUGCUACGGCUGCCAGUGGUGACAGUGAGUUAUUAAGAAUUAGUCGUACUAAAUCGCCAGCCAGUAGGAGAAUGAAGGAUCGAGUAAAAAGACAUACGAGAAAGCUCUAUAAUGGAGUUAGUUCUUCUUCAAGUGAUGAAGAUGUAGAGUCAGGAACUGAGUACAAUAAUCGAGGUGAUGCUUUAAAACAGCAGAUAUUUAAUAAAGUAUCGGUUUCUCCAGAGCGAGUAAGAGGAGUGGAAGAAGAUAAUAAAAGUAAUAGUAAUCGUAGUAAGAGUGAAGUGUUGUUGAUAGCUCCAUCGAUUAAGAUUGAUAGUGCUGAUAGUAAUGAAACUACUGAUAUUAAUAAUGUAAUAUUUAGUCCUAUAGACAAGAAGGAUAGUAUUAAGAUGGAAGUUCAAGAAGUUGAAAAACUGGAGAUUGAACAUGCUGAGAAUCCAAAUGGUGGUGAAAGUAGUCAAAUGUCAGUAUCAAUAACUCCUAUACUGCUGGUUCCACCUUUAGUAGAUGCUAAUCAAAAGGAAUUUCAAGAAAUGUUAGAUGAUUUCAAUUACUUUGAGAAGUUUGUUAGUCUUAAAUCCAAUUAUUUAUUAAAGGUAUACCCAAAUUAUACUCGAGCUUUGGCAUUGAAAUUGUCUGAUAUUUUACAUAAUAAAUUAUUUAAUGUUUUCCAUGCCACUUCAAUAAUAAGUGAUGAUUAUUUACCGGAAUAUGAAGAUUUAUAUAAGGGAUUCUCUAAUGAAGUUAAAUCAGUUGUUCAUAUGAUUAAUGAUGAUUAUUCUAUUAAAGUUGAUAAUCUCUUGAGUAAUAGUGAUAGAUCAAUUAGUGAAAUUAAUGCAUCAUUGACUCUUGAGUUACGGAAAGUUAAUGAACGAUUAGAUAAGUUGGAUAAUUCAUUAUUUGGUAAUUCAUUAACUAAUCGAUUAAAGGAGGGUCAAUUAAAGAUUAAGGAUAAAGAUAAUUAUGGAGUAUUAUACUUUUGUUUAGAGAAUUUCAUAGUUAUUUUACUCCGAAUUAUUUGGGUUAUUGUUAAUUUAUAUAAAGGUUUGGAAAUGGUGCUUUUAUUCAUAUGGAGAAUUAUUAAGUUUAUUAUAUAUUGAUUUAAUGUUGUCUUCUAUUAGUACUUAAUAAAUGCAAUUCAGAUAUAAGAUUAUUGGCAUUAAUGAGAUGUUCAUAUCUUAAAGCCAUAUCGCCAGUUAAAGAUGUUUCUGUUAUUGUUGUAGUUGUAGUUGUAGUUGUAGGUGAUUUUGGUUUAGGUUUAGAAAAUGUUUUAUGAAUACC